UGUUAUGGUUGGAGAUGUGGAGACAAUAUCUUCUAACUCUCGUGAUGUUAAGAAUGAAAAUGAGACCCCUAUAUUAGGUUUGGAUCCAGAAGCAAAUGAUAAGAAAGAUGUGAGAACUAUUGAUGGUCCGGAAGAUUCUGCUCCACCGCCGAAACAAAGAGAAUUUAAAGGAGCUGAAGCAAAUCAUGCAUUAAAGUAUGCAAAUAAUCUUGGAAAGCGGUCGAGAUUUGACCAGCAGAAGGAAGCAAUGCUAGGAAAAAAGCGUAGCAGGCAGACCAUGUUUCUCAAUUUAGAAGAUGUUAAGCAAGUUGGUGUGUUAAAGUCUUCAACCCCUAGAAGGCAGAUUCCUGCACCGACUAUAACCCGGAAUAUGAUAGAAGCUCGUACCACUCUGCCAUCUGCUGAGCACGAAGAUAAGCAAAACCAGCCCGCGGUCAGGGAUACACAUCCAUCUGAUUUACCUAGCAAUGAAAAAAAUAGUUUAGUGGAGUCAAAUGAAAAUAAACCUGAAAGUAUUGGUGACAGUAGUUCUGGGAAUUUCGGACCUCCUAGAAGUUUGAAUAGCUCGACAGAACUCUCUUCAGAAGUACAAACAGCACCUGUUCCUAGACAGAAUUCAUGGAAGCUUCCCCCUGAUACAAGGCAACUUAAGAAUUCACAGAACUCUGGUAGGAAAUCAGCUGUUAGCGGUCAGAACUCGGCUGAUCUUAAAUUUGGCGCAAAAAAAGUACCUUCCAAGAAGCAAUCUUUUACAAGCAAUCAAUAUCACGAUUCAUCAGUUGAACGUCUUCUGCGUGAGGUGACAAACGAGAAGUUUUGGCAUCAUCCAGAGGAAGAGGAGCUCCAGCGUGUUCCUGGUCAAUUUGAUUCAGUAGAAGAGUAUAUCAGCGUAUUUGAGCCUUUGCUUUUUGAAGAAUGCCGAGCACAGCUUUAUAGUUCGUGGGAGGAAUCAUCAGAAACAGUUUCCGGUCAUGUUAGGGUAUCCAUAAAAAGCAUUGAAAAGCGUGAAAGGGGAUGGUUUGAUGUGAUACUAAUCCCUCCACAUGAAUACAAAUGGACCUUUAAGGAAGGAGAGGUUGCAGUUCUUUCAUCCCCUAAGCCUGGUGCAGGUUUGGAUGAUGAGGAGAAGGCAGAAGUUAAUGGGCGUGUUGCUGGAACAGUGAGGAGACAUAUACCUAUUGAUACCCGAGAAAAACAUAUUGGGGCAAUUCUCCACUUCUAUGUUGGGGAUUUAUAUGAUUCGAGCAGCAAGAUUAAUGAGGAUCACAUUCUGCGGAAGCUCCAUCCAGGGGACGUUUGGUACCUUACUCAGCUUGGUUCUCUGGCAACCACACAGCGUGAAUAUGUAGCUCUGCAUGCAUUCCGUCGUCUUAAUUUGCAGAUGCAAAAUGCGAUUCUUCAGCCUAGUCCUGACCAGUUCCCAAAAUAUGAAGAACAGCCACCUGCAAUGCCUGAUUGCUUCACUCCAAACUUUGUUGAAUAUCUGCACAAGACUUUUAACGGACCCCAGCUAGCAGCGAUUCAAUGGGCCGCAACUCAUACAGCUGCUGGUACAUCUAAUGGCGUGGCAAAAAAGCAAGAUCCGUGGCCUUUUACUUUAGUUCAGGGACCCCCUGGGACUGGUAAAACACAUACAGUAUCUGGAAUGCUUAAUGUGAUCCAUCUUGUCCAGUAUCAGCACUAUUACACUGCAUUGCUAAAGAAAGUUGCGCCCGAAAGCUAUAAGCAGGUCAACGAGAGCAGCUCUGAUAAUGUGGCUGUUGGAUCCAUUGAUGAAGUUCUCCAGAGCAUGGAUGACAAUCUCUUCCGAACACUUCCAAAACUUUGCCCAAAGCCUAGGAUGCUUGUCUGUGCUCCCUCAAAUGCUGCAACUGAUGAACUGCUUUCACGUGUCUUAGAUCGUGGAUUUGUUGACGGUGAGAUGAAAGUUUAUCGGCCUGAUGUCGCUCGGGUUGGAGUUGAUUCGCAGACUCGAGCUGCACAGGCAGUUUCUGUGGAAAGAAGAACCGAACUACUUCUGAUGAAGAGCCGUGAUGAAGUUCAUGGAUGGAUGCACAAUUUAAGGAUCCGAGAAAAGCAGUUAUCUCAUGAAAUUGCUUACUACCAGAGAGAGCUCACUGUCACUGCUGCCAGUGUUCGUGCACAAGGAUCUGUUGGCGUUGAUCCAGAUGUUCUUAUGGCCAGAGACCAAACACGGGACGGUUUACUUCAAAAACUUGCAGCUGCAGUUGAGAACAGAGACAAAACAUUAGUCGAGAUGUCUCGACUUUUCAUUUUGGAAGGCAGAUUUCGUGGUGGUGGCACUUUUAAUUUGGAGGAAGCCCGUGCAGAUCUUGAGGCUAGUUUUGCCAAUGAAGCUGAAAUAGUUUUCACUACAGUCUCGAGCAGUGGGCGGAAAUUGUUUUCUCGUCUAACGCACGGCUUUGACAUGGUUGUGAUUGAUGAAGCGGCACAGGCUAGUGAAGUAGCAGUGCUGCCGCCACUUUCUCUCGGUGCGGCUCGCUGUGUUCUUGUGGGAGAUCCUCAGCAACUUCCUGCUACUGUCAUCAGUAAGGCAGCUGGAACAUUGUUGUACAGUCGAAGCCUUUUCGAGAGGUUCCAACAAGCAGGGUGCCCAACUAUGCUUUUAUCCGUACAGUAUAGAAUGCAUCCCCAUAUUAGGGAUUUUCCCUCGAGGUACUUUUACCAAGGACGCCUUACUGAUAGUGAGAGUGUUUCUAAUCUUCCAGAUGAGAUUUAUUAUAAAGAUCCUUUACUGAGGCCGUAUGUCUUUUUCGAUGUUACUUACGGUCGAGAAUCUCAUCGUGGAGGCUCUGUGUCUUAUCAGAAUACACAGGAAGCGCAGUUUUGUGUUCGUUUGUAUGAGCAUCUUCAGAAAACAUUGAAAUCAUUAGGGGUUGGGAAAGUGUCUGUUGGCAUCAUCACUCCGUAUAAGCUGCAAUUGAAAUGUCUCCAACGGGAGUUCAAGGAUAUAUUGAAUUCAGAUGAAGGAAAAGACAUUUAUAUUAAUACAGUGGAUGCUUUUCAAGGCCAAGAACGUGAUGUCAUUAUUAUGUCAUGUGUUCGUGCAUCCAGUCACGGGGUUGGCUUUGUUUCAGACAUUCGCCGGAUGAAUGUUGCUCUUACUAGAGCUAAAAGAGCACUCUGGGUUAUGGGAAAUGCGAACGCUCUGAUGCAAUCUGAGGAUUGGGCUGCACUGAUUAAUGAUGCGAAAGCACGGAACUGUUUCUUAGACAUGGAUUCUCUGCCGAAAGACUUUAUACCUGAAUCUUCGUCAUACGGCUCAUUUUCUUCAAAGAAUUCUAGUGUGAGGGGCUUGAGAUCUGGACCAAGAUAUAAUAAUAGGUCACAUGAUUCACACUUUGAGUCCAGGUCUAGGUCUGGAACACCGUCAGAAGAUGAUGAGAAGUCAAAUUUGUCUACACUUCCUAGGAAUGGAAAUCAUCGGGUUUUAAGACAAGGAGCAGAAACUUCAUUGAAUGGUUUUGAUCAACCUAGUGAUAAAUCUCGAGAUACCUGGCAAAACGGCAUUCCGAAGAAGCAAAAUGUUGCUGGUGGUUUUGUAAAGCGAGACCUGUAGCAUCAGGUUUACUGUGAUGGAAUAUGGUUGUGCUUGUAAAAGUGAUUCGAGCACAAUCCCAUGCUUCACCUCGUGAUUUGGUCGGUGGAUAUUACGAGGGGCGUUCUAGUCAACCCGGGAGCUGAAAGUACGAUCACGUGUACCAACUGUGUUGCAUUUCGAAGAAGAUGGAGU